AUGUCGGGUGAAGAAGACAAAAUCACGUUAAAGCCAGCAUACUACGAGUCUGAUGCGGUGAGCGAGUCCUCGGCAAAAGCUAGAAUUGGAUCUGUAGAUCGCGAUAUCAGGCACACAGCCAAAGCCCAUAACCUGAAAGGUCAACUGCCUGAAGGAAGCAUGGAAUCUUUGGCACCAACAAUUCGUUUCGUCACGCUGAACUGCCGAACACUAUCGAGUGAACUCCAACGAGCCGCUCUAUCCAGACUUCUGCGAUAUCUCUGUGUGCCUUUUGCUGCACUGCAGGAAACACGCAUGAGGGAUCGGCCCGUCAUCAGCAUCGAAAAUUACACCAUAUACUGCGGCGAUGCUGAUGAGAACAAAGGUGGCUGCGCGAUAGCUGUGAGGAACGAUUACAAGAACCUGGUGGAGGAAUUUGGCUCAACGUCGUCUAGAUGCGCCUUUCUACGACUGCGGGAUCGCAGAGGACGUAAACUCUGGAUCGUAAGUGCUCACGCAGCUACGGAAACAGCUGAAGACAACAGUAAGGACGCCUUCUAA